UAUGUAUCUCAUACUUACUAUUACAUUUUUGUUUCCCUUAAGCCUUCCAAAUUGAGGAAGACCAGGAAACUGAGGGGUCAUGUCAGCCAUGGCCAUGGUCGUAUUGGCAAGCAUAGGAAGCAUCCGGGAGGACGUGGUAAUGCUGGAGGCAUGCAUCACCAUAGAAUUAAUUUUGACAAAUAUCAUCCUGGCUAUUUUGGGAAAGUUGGUAUGAGGCACUACCACUUGAAGAAGAACCAACACUUCUGCCCUACAGUCAAUCUAGACAAACUCUGGACGCUCGUGAGUGAGCAGACAAGGCUCAAUUAUGCCAAAAAUGAGGCUGGGUUAGCACCUGUCAUUGAUGUUGUGCGCUCGGGUUAUUACAAAGUCCUGGGCAAGGGAAAGCUGCCUAAACAGCCUGUCAUUGUGAAAGCAAAAUUCUUCAGCCGGAGAGCAGAAGAGAAAAUCAAAGCAGUUGGCGGAGCCUGUGUACUAGUGGCAUAAAGGACUUUCAUACAUACUCAGGUUUAAAUAAACCUUACUUCAGA